AUGUCUAACGCAAUCGCCCAAAUUCAAUGGUCUAUCGACAACACUAUCUUCAAAACUGCUGAAGUAUUAAUAAAGCUACUACAAGCUGCUCGAGACGAUGACGUCCAAAAUUCAGCAGUCAUGUCUCUGGAAGCCCUCGGGUCUAGCUUGAUGGUUUGCCCUGACAGAAUUGACGAGGCGAGAGAUGCACUUGGUAGAACCAGUCGUCUCCAGAUUCUAAAAGACACACUCGUCACCAUCGGUCUUGCUACCGGGGGAGUCGCAUACUUUGUUUCCAAGACUGCGACGCAAGGAAUACCAGCCUUUGUCUUGGCUACCAGUCUCAAACCUUUCUUUGGGGAUGAGAUAAUCGGACAUGUUUUGCACGAAAUGCUAGCAUGCUGGGGACUUAACAGGAAACCAGAACUUCGCUGCUCAAGGGAUCAACUUAGUAAAGUCAUUUCAGCUAUGUCAGGGUACACGGAUAGUAUUAUACCAAACGCAACCGUACAGAAUGUGAUUACUAUCUUGCAACGCUGGAACCUUUCAGCUGUUUGGCUUAAGGAAGCAUGGGCAACGCUGCAACCCAAGGAAUUGGCCAAGAUUUAUUCAGCGGUAUAUGCAGCAUUGCAUAAAGAGGAAGUCAGUCUCGUCACAUUGACUGGUCAUUCUGGUUGUAUGAUUGUGGCUUCUACUUUGCUGUGGUUACAAGAGGAUGAUGCACAGUUGGUAAUCGAUGGCCAAGUCGCUGUUCACUCUCGAGAUAUCCCCAAGAUCUCUGUUCAACUUUCGACAACUCAAUCGUCUUCAACAGCAUCGUGGGUGAUACAGGAAUGGAGCGAAGCAACAGCAAUAUCCACCCUCGUGGUAGAAGACGCUGGUUCCCCUAAUCGAAUAUCCCAACUUCCACUAUUCACACCCGCAAAAACAGCAAAGGAAGUUUUGAGAGCACAAUACGAUCUCUCAGACAUCCAGAUUGCCCAAGUCGGCAGUAUAGCUACUGCUUUGGUGCUGGUGGCGAUUGAGAGAGGUCUUGUGACGUUGACUCCACAGGAAGAAGGGGCGAUUCCUCGUGAAGUGAAGUUGAGUAAUUUCUGUCAAGCAUCCUAUCUUGCAAAGAUGGAUGAGUGUAUGAGUUGCUAUGGCUGGGCUAGUAGCGAACUAGACGAUGUUUCUGAUCUUGUGGUUCAGAUCAAAGAAUGGACUGAGCAGGGCUUUCCAGGGUUUCCAAUCGACGAUAUCAAACCGCCUCAUCCUUUGACAGAGAAACCUAUCGACUGUAUCACCUGGAUAAUUGAAUUCAUCAUCAAUAGAUGGUACAGCAAGACAGGAUCGACAGACAGGAUGAUAGGAAGGGAAAUUGCCGAGCCUGCAGUAUACCUUGCCGCAGAAUCCCUGUAUAGCUGUGUUUGCUCUCGCUUUCCAGAACAGCGCUUCUUUCGAGUCGGAACCUUCUCUUCCAUCACCUAUAAUGGUGCUACAAUGAUGCACUGGAUACUCCGGCACGAGGGACUUCGCGGACGGUCUGAUACACCUGCACCCAUAGCGAAGCUGGUAUCCUACGUAGUACAUACCGUCACUCUACGUCAGCUCAGAUGCGAUUGCAUGGGUUCUCUCCUUCCAGGUGUCAGUAACAUGGAAUACAUUGCCGAGUACUCCAACUUGACUUCCGAAAAAGCAGUUCACAGAAAUGACUUGGCUUAUGCAAUGAACGGCUACGUCGCUUCGAUACCGCAGUUACGAUCGAUAACGACGUUGGAGAGGAGUUGUUUCGCAGUGGAGAUCUUUCCGGGAUAUAUAAGGUACACUGCAACUGGGGGUAGCCCAGACUACAACAGGUUGCUGAGGAUUCAGGCAGAUGAGUCUAUGGUUGAGUACAAUGAUGGGAAUGGACAAGAGGUGCAGGGAACUCAACUCAACCCAUUCAAUUCGAAUGGAGAUUACUUGGGUUUGACACCGUUUGCGGACAACGAAGAACCGCUGUUCUACAUCCUUCAACUGGAAGAGUUCGUCCUAUGA